GCAAGAUGCCAAUAUUUUCUGCGCCACCAGUACGAAAGGAACCCCGUUCCAUCGUACACUCGCAAGGAUAUAAUUCUCUCUCUCUCACAAACAAUAUUUAUGGCUUUGAUCACAUCUCCACCCUCUAAUCCCAAACUCCACAAUUUUUCUCCUCUGCGCCGCCGCACCCAGCGGCCGGGAUGGGCCGUAUUUGUCAUUCCUCGGGCCAUAUCCAACACUUCAGCACCUAGAAGGUUUUUACAAACCCCAAAAUUCUCCGUCCGUUUGCAUCACAAUGCCCAUCGAAGAGCGCCGGCCAUUGUUACUACCGCAGCAUUGGUAGAAGCAGCAGGGCCAGAGCCAGAGCCAGCGGCAGCGGCAGCAAAUUUUAGGAGAAUUCUGUUAUCCGACGUGGUCGUGAACCGGCAAAGGAGUGUGUUUUGGGGGAGGAGAUGGAACUCUCGGGAUAUUGCCACUGCUGGUGUUGUCUUGGCAAUGCAUUGCGUUUGUCUUUUUGCACCGUUUCAAUUCAAUUGGGGUGCCAUUUCGGUGGCCAUAGCGCUGUACGUCGUGACAGGUCUCUUUGGUAUUACGCUGUCAUUUCAUAGGAACCUCUCACACCGGAGUUUCAAGCUUCCUAAAUGGCUCGAGUACACGUUUGCCUAUUGUGGGGCUCUGGCACUUCAGGGGAACCCAAUUGACUGGGUAAGCACACAUAGGUACCAUCACCAAUUUUGUGAUUCUGAGAGAGACCCUCAUAGCCCCACUGAAGGAUUCUGGUUUAGUCACAUGAGUUGGCUCUUCGAUACCAGUUAUAUGAUUGAAAGGUGUGGAGGAACAAACAAUGUUGGGGAUUUACAGAAGCAGCCCUUCUACAGGUUUCUUGAAAAGACAUACGUUUUUCAUCCAAUUGCACUUGCUAUUCUGCUAUAUGCAUCGGGAGGAUUCCCCUUCCUUGUGUGGGGAAUGGGUGUGAGGACUGUAUGGGUUUACCACAUAACCUGGCUAGUAAACUCGGCUUGCCAUGUCUGGGGACGGCAACCUUGGAACACUGGUGAUUUGUCUAGGAACAACUGGUGGGUGGCAUUGCUUGCAUUUGGAGAGGGGUGGCAUAAUAACCACCACGCCUUUGAGUACUCUGCUCGACAUGGCCUUGAGUGGUGGCAGCUUGACAUGACUUGGUAUGUGGUAAAAUUUCUCCACUUUGUUGGAUUGGCAACCGAUGUUAAGUUUCCAACCGAUGUCCAAAAGCAGAGAAUGGCGUUAAACAAAGGAAGUUUUGCCGCUUAAACUGUUGACUUUGUAGUUUAGACAUGUACUUAGCUUGAAAUUGGGAGAUGCUUUUGUCAAGGCUAUGGAAGUUACCGCAUAAUUUACAAAUUAAUCCUUGUAUUUUCACUCAGCAUAUAUAUAAGCACCUUUGUGGGA